CCGUUAAACCUCAUCGAAGAAGAAGACAAGGAGGAAGAACAAUAAGAAGGAAAAUAAAGUGUUUUGAAAUAGCCUCCGGGUGAAUUAGUGGUCACAGAGAAUUCAAGAUGGCGGCGCACAUGUCGCAUUGUAGAAGUUGGGGCCGUGUUCAGAGGUUUGGAAUUGCAGUAUAUAGAAAGUACAGCAGUGGCAGCAGAUAUCCAAAUAUCUCACUCUCUGCACCGUUACCAGGGAUCCCUAAACCAGUGUUUGCGUCCGUUGACGGGCAUGAGCAAUGCGAGACUAAAAUCACUACUUUGGAAAAUGGCCUUAAAGUAGCAUCUCAAAACAAGUUUGGUCAAUUCUGCACUGUUGGAAUUUUAGUAAAUUCAGGAUCCAGACAUGAGACAAAAUACCCCAGUGGAAUUGCACACUUUUUGGAGAAACUGGCCUUUUCUUCCACAGCCCAGUAUGGCAGUAAAGAUGAAAUUCUUCUCACACUUGAAAAACAUGGAGGGAUCUGUGACUGCCAAACAUCCAGAGACACCACCAUGUAUGCCGUCUCUGCCGAGGUGAAGGGACUGGACACGGUAGUCAGCCUGCUCUCUGAUGCUGUAUUGCAGCCACGCCUGCUAGAUGAGGAGAUUGAGAUGACUAGGAUGGCAGUGCGCUUUGAGCUGGAGGAUCUGAACAUGAGGCCUGACCCUGAACCUUUGCUGACAGAGAUGAUCCACGCAGCAGCAUACCGGGGGAACACCGUUGGGUUGCCUCGCUUCUGUCCAGUAGACAACGUGGAGAAGAUCGACAAGAAGCUGCUACACGCGUACCUGCGGAGCUACUACUGCGCAGAGCGUAUGGUGCUAGCCGGUGUGGGCAUCGAACAUGAACAACUGGUGGCCUGCGCCAGGAAAUAUCUGCUGGAUGUGAAGCCAGUAUGGGGAGCCAGUACGCCUACCAAUGUCGACCUGUCUGUGGCACAGUACACUGGUGGAAUCGUAAGGAUGGAUAAGGAUAUGUCAGAUGUGAGCCUUGGCCCCACUCCCAUCCCUGAGCUCACCCACAUCAUGAUUGGCCUGGAGAGCUGCUCGUUCCUGGAGGAGGACUUCAUCCCAUUUGCCGUCCUCAACAUGAUGAUGGGUGGAGGCGGGUCCUUCUCAGCAGGGGGUCCUGGGAAAGGCAUGUUCACUCGGCUUUACCUGAACGUGCUCAACAGGCAUCAUUGGAUGUACAAUGCCACCUCAUUCCAUCACAGUUACGAGGACAGCGGCCUACUGUGUAUCCAUGCCAGUGCAGACCCCAGACAGGUUCGGGAAAUGGUGGAGAUUAUAACCAGAGAGUUUAUUCAAAUGGCCGGGACAGCAGGAGAGAUGGAGUUGGCGAGAGCGAAGACGCAGCUCAAGUCCAUGCUGAUGAUGAACCUGGAGUCGCGGCCGGUUAUCUUUGAAGAUGUCGGCCGACAGGUUCUAGCCACAGGGACGAGGAAGCUGCCACAUGAGCUGUGUGACCUCAUCAGUAACAUUACAGCAAGCGAUAUCAAGAGGGUCACAACCAAGAUGCUGCGCAGCAAGCCAGCAGUAGCAGCGCUAGGAGACUUGACUGAGAUGCCCUCCUAUGAGCACAUCCAAGCUGCCCUGUCCAGCAAGGACGGACGCCUGCCUCGCAUGUACCGCCUCUUCCGAUAGACCCCCCUGCGUUUACCCUGACAUCAAUGUAUAUACUAGACACUGACCUACACUACCGGUCAAAAGUUUUAGAACACCUACUCAUUCAAGGGUUUUUCUUUAUUUAAAAUGUUUUCUACAUUGUAUAAUAAUAGUGAAGACAUCAAAACUAUGAAGUAAAACAUAUGGAAUCAUGUAAUAACCCAAAAAGUGUUUUAAAAUUUUUUUAAAAAAAAUUGCCGCCAUUUGCCUGGACGACCGGUUUGCACACUUGGCAUUCUCUCAACCAGCUUCACCUGGAAUGCUUUUUAAACGGUCUGGAAGGAGUUCCCACAUAUGCUCAGCACUUAUUGGCUGCUUUUCCUU